AUGUCGAACUUCCCAGCUGGAACCAACAGCGCUGUAUCAGUGCUUCAGGUGCUUCUCCCGUCAGUUCAGGAUGCUAAAGAUUUAAAGCUUGCUCAUAAUCUAUGUCAAUUAUCCAAGUUUGGGGGUGACCCAGUACUUUUUCUUCUAACUCAAGGGAUACAUGAGUUCUUCUGUGAUAACCUAGACAGUUGUCUGUCAAAUUGUCAAUCUGUGAUUGAUAUCUGUUGGGAGAAAUGUAAUACGGGUCACUGGAGAGAUGUGAAUGUAAUCUGGAGGGAGACAUAUUCAUAUGCAAGUUUGUUCAAGGCUCUUUGUCUCGACGGCUUAGGAAGACAGAUAGAGGCCAUGAAGACUUGUGACAUGGGACUUCUGUUAGGGGCCCCCAUUUUGGACAACAUUUUAACAAGGCUUGCAACUGAAUUUCAGAAAAAUGUUAAGUCAAGUAGUAUUAUUGAUCAAGACACAGCAGACAGUACUUUAAGUUGUUAUGAAUCUAAAAUUCAUGCAAAAGGAGAAAAACAAACAUUUUCAGCAGCUGUGAGAUCUAAAGAAAAAAAGAGGUUGAGGGACGACUCAAUGAAUCUUCAGCCUGAAUCUAGUGGAGAUGAACAGUUAUCUACAAGUAUUAAUUCUAUAAAGAAAAGGAAGGGUGUUGCAAAUUUACCCAUAAUUGACAAGAAUUAUGAACUGGGCCAUGUUUGUUGUCCAUCAAUUGAAGCUUUUCUCACAAAUCACAUGCAGAAAGACAAACCAGUAAUUCUUGAAGGAGUAAUGGAUCACUGGCCUGCAAGAACGAAUCAUCAAUGGAGUAUCAAUUAUCUUAAGAAUAUCGCUGGUUAUCGCACAGUUCCAGUGGAGCUGGGCUCACGUUAUACAGAUGACACAUGGACACAGAAAUUAAUGACAAUAGGAGAUUUUAUUGACAAUUAUCUCAAUCCAAUUGAAAAUGGACAAGAGUCUGAGAUUGCUUAUUUAGCUCAACACCAAUUGUUUGAUCAGAUCCCUGAGUUAAGAAGAGAUAUCAUUACUCCUGAUUACUGCUACCUUGGAGAAAGUGAUAAUGAGGUUAUCAUUAAUGCCUGGUUUGGACCUAGGGGUACAAUUUCACCCAUGCAUCACGACCCUUAUCACAAUCUAUUGGCACAAGUGGUUGGAGAGAAAUAUAUACGACUUUAUUCCAAAAGUGAAACAGGGAAGCUUUAUCCUCACAAAUCUACCCUACUGAAUAACACAAGUCAGGUAAUUUGUGUUCCUUUCAGAAGAAACAUAUUUGUGUACAGUCAGAGAAAUUGUCGUCAUUUCUCCUUUUGCAGUUGACCUUCAUUCUUUACAGAGAUGUUUCCUUCCCCCCCUUGGCAUGUUAAUACCCACAUUAGAAAACAAAACUGACCAUGUCCCUCUUUCUUACCCUAGUCUGUAAAGGAAGUUAGAGGUAUCUGGAGGAGUGUGUUUCCAUGGCAACAAUUGUUUUUCAGUGAUUAAUAUAAAUCAUUUGAUCAACUAAGGUGGAUGAGAUGGGCCUCUACUAGUAAACCUUCGUUUGUGUCUACUCAGCGUAUGCCAUUCGGAGCCAGUGGAGGAACUACUUAAAAAGCAGUUAACAUGUCAACCAAAGAAGCACAAAUACUACUGAAAUAACUUCAAAUAAGUGUCAUAUUUGAAAUACAAUCCUUAUCAGAAAUUAGAGAUACUUUUACAUAAAAAUAAGAUUUCUAUCCAAUUUUGUAUUUUCAGGUGGAUGUUGAAGUGCCUGAUCUCGUCAAAUUUCCUGAAUUCUCUUCAGCAGUUUAUCAGGAGUGUAUUUUGAAGGAAGGACAGAUGUUGUAUAUCCCCCCGUAUUACUGGCACUAUGUCAGGUCCUUGUCUCUCAGCUUUUCUGUCAGUUUCUGGUGGUCCUGA